CAUAGUAGUUGCUACUUCCUCGCACUACCUUCCCACUUCAACAUAACUCAAAUGCUCUUACUAUGUAGUAUGUACUUUCUAAUCUAAUUCAUUAACCAAGUAACGAACCCGCUUCCAUAACGCAAUCUUCACCUUCGACUUCAAAACGACGCCGUAUCUUCCGUAUGACAAACCGCUCCCUCCUCCUCACCGGGAUCAACCGAAUCGGUCAUGUAUUCGGCGCGCGAAGCCCGUGGAGCCCCGCGUCGGCUUCACGCGCUUCUUCUGCAACGUACGCGACAGAGGUGGAGUCGUUAAGGCAUGAACGUGCCGGCGACGCGAAGAGGAACGGAAUUCGGGAAGUGUUGAAAUCGCGCAAACUGAGUCCGUUACACGCGCUUCAGCGUAACAGUUUUUCGCACUUUGAGCUCAGAAGCAUUGCCAGGAGCUUCUUCAAUUCGAAACGCUACCUCCACGCGCUCGAGGUAUUGAAAUGGAUGGAAAGCCAGAAGGAUUUCUGUAUGAUCCCGGCUGAUCAUGCUAUGAAAUUGGAAUUAAUUGUUAAAAAUUAUGGUCUAAUGGAAGCUGAAGAAUACUUUCUCAGUAUACCUGACACAGCUGCUAAGAAAGCUGCUUGUCUCCCACUUCUUCAUGCUUAUGUAAGAGCUAGGGACACAAAUAGAGCCGAGACUUUAAUGGUGAAGCUCUAUGAAUUGGGGCUAGUGGUUAGCCCUCACCCUUACAAUGAGAUGAUGAAAUUGUAUUUGGCUACGUGUGAGUAUAUGAAGGUGCCCCUUGUUAUCGAGCAGAUGAAGCGAAAUAGAAUACCUUGCAAUGUUCUGUCUUACAACCUUUGGAUGAAUGCUUGUGGUGAGGGAGGAAGACACGGGGUUGCAGCUGUAGAGAAGGUUUUUAGAUUAAUGCAAAAUGAUGUUAAUGUUCAAGUAGGGUGGAGCAGUCUUGCUACGUUAGCAAAUGUUUAUAUGAAAGCAGGGCAAUCUGAGAAAGCCAUUAUGGUUCUAAAAUAUGCUAAAGCAAAACUAUCUACCUAUAACCGUCUUGGUUACUUCUUCCUAAUAACCUUGUACACCUCUUUGGGGAAAAAGGAGGAAGUCUUGCAGUCAUGGGAAGCAAGUAAGGCGGUUUCUGGAAGAAUUAGUUGUACCAACUAUAUUUGCAUUCUAACAUCUUUGGUGAAGCUUGGGGACAUUGUACAAGCAAAGAGAAUCUUCACUGAAUGGGAAUCUAAUUGUCAAAAGUAUGAUAUCAGAGUCUCUAAUGUUCUUUUGGGUGCAUAUAUGCGAAAAGGAUUAAUUGAAGAAGCCGAAUCAUUACAUAUCCACACUUUGGAGAAGGGUGGUAGUCCUAACUACAAGACUUGGGAGAUUCUCAUUGAAGGGUUUGUCAAAAGCCAAAAAAUGGACAAGGCUAUUGUUGCUAUGAAGAGAGCUUUGGCAAUGAUGAAAGAUUGUAACUGGAGGCCAUCACAUGGACACAUAUUAGCUAUUGCUGAGUAUUUGGAGAAGCAUAAAAAUUUUGAAUAUGCAAAUGAGUUUAUAAGAGAUAUCCGUGAUUUUGGUCUUGUAAAUAUAUCACUGUACAAAAUAUUGCUUAGAAUGCACCUUUCUGUUGGAAAACCUCCUUUCCGUAUUCUUAAAAUGAUUGAGGAAGAUAAUAUUGAGAUGGACAAUGAGGCUCUUGCAAUUCUUAAAGCCUUUAAUAGGUAGUAGAUACUAGAUAGUCAUUCAGAGGCUAAAAGAUGGAUGAUUUUGAUGAUGAUGAGUUGGACUUUGAAACAUCAAAUAUUCGAGGAACAUGAUGUUGAAUCCAAUACUCUUUAUGGGAUUUUAAUUCUUCAGAUUGCAUAAAACAGUGGCUAUUCAUAUGAAGCAGAGAUUUGUUGGCCAUUACAGUGUUGGAACUGAUACAAAAUUGGCCACUUUGCUUGGUUAAAGAGACAUAUGCUAUCUCAUGUGAUUUUACAAAUUUGUGAACCAUCUUCUGCAAAAUGCCCCCUAAAAGCUAGUAAAACUGUUGCUAGUGGAAGUGAUGAUGGCAGAUACUGAUAGACUCGUAAAAAUGCUAAAUGGUGAUGAAUCCAGUAACAUUGUUUUCCCUAUGAUUUGGGGGUUUAUUAGUCCCCCUCUUCUUUUUGUUUCCUUAAAAGAUUUCGUUUCUUCAUUAUGCAGUUGUGGAUUCUGUACAAUGCCGCUCAUCCAUUUGAUUUCAUGGGUUGGCUUAUAUCCUCUAUAAUGAGUUCACGGGUGGUUCCAUUUGCCCCUUGAUCCAUUUUGCUGAUCCAGAAGGGUUCUAGGGUGCCUUUUUGGGAAGGUGAAAAUUCAUAUGCAGAUAUCUUUACGUGAAAUUAAUAGUUGAAAAUUGUUAGAUGAUAAUUUAUUCAUCUAACACUUUUCGAUUAUCAACUUCACGUGAAACCAUCUGCACAUGAGUAACGAUAUAUGUACAGUUUCUUAAACAUCAUUCUAAUUACUCUCUAACUUCUCAAGGUAUAUAUAUAUAUAUAUAUAUUAGAAAAAAAAGGCACUCAAUAUCUUGCCCGCUAAGAGACUAGAGAGUAGGAGGAUAAUUAGAGAAUGGUUUAGGAGUAUAUAUAUUGAGAAGUUUAGAAAUUGUGCUUUCUUUUUUUUAUUAUUUGAAGGUUGGGAAUUGAAAUGGGUAUGUCUAGUACCUAACUCCUUGAUUGGUACUAAAACCAUCAAGGUGGAAGGUGCAAAGAAUUUGAUUAUCCCAGUGUAGUUUAGUAUGAAUGUAUUCAGAUUUUUUUUUUGGUGUCUAAGAAUGAAAAAGAACAAGAAACACGAAUAUAUUCACAUUUGUAUAAUAAUGCUAGUAAGCAUU